AUGAGUGAUGCCAUCAUUGAUAAAGAUUCUGAAAAUAAGCCGCUUGAACCGGCUCAGCCACAUCCAAUUGAGACCGUGAUAGAAAUGCCACAAAACCAAUACGCUCACGUGCCACAAAAUGUGCCACGAGAACCUUUGAUAUCAACCAAAAUAACCAAUAUGAGUAAUAACGUCGUCAUUGAUAUAUAUAUAUCUAAAUAUCUUGAACAAUCUGAAAAUGAGAUCGAGGAAAAUAAGUCUCUUGAAUGGGCUCAGUCAAUGAUAAACAUAUCGCCAAACGGCAAGUAUCUUGUUAUUUAUAACGAAAGUGAAAAAGGCAAAAAAUUUGUUGGUUGGAAUGUUUAUGAAAACGAAACAAAUAUACGAGAAUGUAAAUAUGUAAUACGAGAAGGCGACAAAAAUGAAAACAAACAAGGAAACAAAGAAGUUCCGGAAGACAAUGACCAAGUUUUACAAGCCGGGUGUGCUAAAGUAAAUAAUGAAAGAAUAAUUCGCCAUAUGUGUGUAUCUGAUGAUAAGAUACUGGCGUACAUUUAUGAUGAUGAUUAUGAUGAUCAUAAUAUCGGGAUAAUCAAUAUGAAUAACAAACAAAGUAUAGAUUUGUAUUUUGAAUUUUGUUAUAGUAAUGUACAAUUUUGUAAUUUUAACUUGAAAGGAGAAUUUAUUAUAUGGUGUACCGGUUGUACAGCAGACGUCAGCAGCUAUUACAAGAUGAUAAAUAUCGUUUGCAUUUAUUCAAUACAAUCUGGAAAAAGUAAGUGUCAAAAGAUUUAUACAGUACCCAAAGAAGCGGAAGUGAUAAGCAUAUCAAAACAUGAUAAAAUUUGGUUUCUCAAAAAUAACGAUUUAUACGAAUGGGACAUCACUACUGCUUACGCUACAAUUAUAUAUAGAAAUAUUUAUGGGAUUAACACAAAGGAAAUUAAAAUUUUUAAUAAUGAAGAUUACACUUGUAUUAGAUUAAAAGAUGAGAGAAUUGUAGUUUAUUCAAUUCAACUGGGAUUUCCUAUUGCGUUAUUUGAAUUAAAAUAUUUAGAGAGUUCAAAGGAUUCAAAGGAUUCAGAUAGAAAGCGGGAUAAACUAAUUAAACGAAUGUAUAAUCUUAUGACUAAAGAUCAAACCUUAAGUUGUUUAUUGCUUUCUUUAUUGGAUAGUGAUUGUUUAAAUAAAUUAAUACGCACUCGUUCAGAUGAAUUAAUUGAGCCUCCGAAACAAGAUCCUUCAAAUCAACCAAAUACUCCGAAUCAAUCAAACCUUCGUAAUCUAUUUUAUCGUUCUGAACAUCAACAUACAAACUAUAGAUUCGUCUACCAUAACCACACUAUUAAAGUUGACAAAGUUGAACCUAGUGAGGAAUUGAAAGCCAACAAUUAUGAGUAUGAGAAUACAAAUUUUUCUGAAUUGAAGGAAGGAAAAUAUCAUUUAGAGAAAGGUUCUAUGAUUUGGAAAUUUAGAAUGGAAGAAUUAGAGAAAGUUUCUAUGAAUUCGAAAAGGAGUGAUGCAGAAUCGGAGUUGAGGAACAAUUUACUAAAAGAUUUGGAUGAAAAAGAACCUAAGGAUUUAGAUGCUGAACUGAUGAUAAAAAAUUUGAAAAAAAUAUUGAGUAAAUGGAAGAGUGACGAUAUGUCCUUAGAAGUUUUAGAGAGAUUGGAGAAAAAGAAAAAAUCGACUGAACAAGAAGAUAAAAUUCAAUUAAUUGAAAAAUUAAUCAAUGAAUUAAAAAGUAACGAAAAAAAACAGAAAAUUAAAAUAGAUUUAGAAAAUUAUUUUCUCAAGAAGAUAAAACAGAUAAAUAAAAAAGGAUCAUUCGAUGAGGGCAUUAAACAAUCAUUAGUGGAAAAAGUUAUUGAUCCGAUACAGGAGAAAAUUAUCAAAUAUUUAAAUGAAGAUGGUUAUCUUCGUAGGUUCGUAAUUGAAUUACAAAAUGAUGCUAAAGAUAUUAUUAAAACAAUUGGAGGAAUCUUUAAAGAAAAACAUAUCGAAGAUUUACGUAAAUUAAAGGAUGAUUAUUAUGAUGAAAAUAAAAGAGUAGUGAGCGAGCUGCUUAAGAUAAGGGAUUUAAUAAAACGAUCUUACAUUAUAGAAAUAAAUAAAAUUAUUGAGACCAAUCCAGAUAAAGAUAAACGAAAUGAGAAAAUUAAUGAUUUGGAAAAAAAGUUUAUUAAAGAGAUAGAGGUAACUAAGAUUAAAUUAUUCGUGAAGAAACUUCUUAUUAAAACUAAAAGAUCAGAGAAAGACUUUUCCACCAAUGUAGAAUUAUUAACUGAUGAUGAAAUUGAAUGUAUAUUGGAAAGUAUGAUUGAAGAAGUGGAACAUUAUAAUGGAAUAACUCUAAAUAAAACUAAUGAUGGGAUUAAAGAAUUGGUAAAAAAAAUAGAUAAGCAGAAAGAAAGAAAUACUAAUGAACAUGAAGGAGUUCCUAGGGAUCAUAUUGAUCAAAUUGAACAGAACUUCGAUAUUAAAGAAUUAGUGAAAAAUUUAACCAAAAUAAUAAUUAAAAUUGGAAUAAUAGUUAAUAAACCGAAACCUAAUAGAUUUGGAAAUUUAUUUCAAACUACUAGUCAAUUAAAGGAAUAUAUAGAAGGAAAUAAAUUUGAAGAUUUAAAGGAAGAAAAUCUCAGCAAUAUUAAUGAGAAAUUUAAUAAGUUUGAAAUUCUUAUUGAAAAAUUAGUGAAAGAUUACACUAAAGAGAUAGAUAAAAUCGAAAGUAAUAAAUCGGGGAAGAAUAUUCUUGAAGAUAUACUAGCGGGAGAAAGAGCAAAUGGUAUUAUUAUUGAUAAAGUGGAGAAAGCUAUGAUUAAAGAAUCAGCGAAAAUGUUUAUUGAGGAAAAUGUAAAAAUUAGGAUCAAUAGAGCAAAGGAAACUUUUAUUAAAAGUAUAGAAACAGCUAGUGAAGAGCAACAGGAAUCACAGAAAUCUAAGAUUAAAGAAUCCGUGAAUAAAUUUAUCGAAUUUGUCGAAGAAUUAGAUAAGAUAGAAGAUAUAAAUGAAAUUGAAGAGGAAGUGAAAAAUUUUAUUACCAACAAUUUCAUUGAAGAAAAUGCUACAACUGACGGAACAGAGGAAAAUAAUUUGAAAAAUGCAACUGAAAUUAAAAAUUCUGUGGAUGAGUUUAUUAAAUGGGUAAAUAAAAAAGAACGAAUAACUAAAUUUAAAAAACUGGAAAACUUAAUUAGAGAGAUAGGAAUAACUGAAAUUGAGAAAUUAGGGGAAGAUUCAAUUAAACCAGCAGAUGAUUUUAUUGAUCAUAUAGAAACUAAAAUUGAAGAAUUAGAAAGUGAUUCUAAACCAGAGGAUAUUAUUAAUAAUAUAAGAAAAUUUAAAAUCGAAAAAUUAGCCAAUAUUAAUGAACAUGAACGAAACGAAAUUAUUAAUAAUAUAGUAAUAUGUAAAAUCAAUGAUGAAUUAGUAAAAGAUUCUACGGAACGGAUAUCUACAUUUAAAAAAUUAGAGAAUGAAAAUAGUGAAUGGAGAAAAGAAUUAAAGGAAAAUUUUAUUAAACGAAAAAAUAAGAUUGAAGAAUUAGCAGUGGAUCCCAAAAAAUUUGAAUUUCAAAUAACUGAUAGUUUAAAGGCUGAUAGAGAUUUAGUUCGUUUAUUUUGCGAUUUAAAUGAAGAAAGUAUCGAUAUACUUAUGGGACAAAUGAUAAAUAAUGAUGAGAUUGCCAUUUUAACAAAGAUCGGUUUUUUUAUUUUCCGUUUAAACAAAGAUGUGAGAUUAAAUUCUAAAGAUCGGGAAUUAAUUUCUUUGAAUUAUUUUUAUUAUGUGCACGAUCCUGAGCAAAGUAUCAAAAAGGUCCAAAAGAUGAUCGGCAACCCAAAAGUUGAUAAAGACGCUAGGCACUGCUGUGGCAAGUUUCUUAAUAUGACCAAAAAAGUAAUUUAUGUUGUCUUCGCAAAAGAAGCAAAAGAGAAUGAUGAAAUUAAUUGUAAUAAAUUAAUUCGUGGAUGGGUUUCAUAUGUUAAAAAUAAUAAUGAAGAUUUUUUAAAAUAUGACAAUGCAUUGUUAAUAUUCGCAAUUGAGGCAAAUGAUUUAGAAUUAAUAGAUAAUAUUUAUAAGAAAUGCUUAGAUCUUUUUAAUCAAGACCCAGAAAAUAAUAAGGCAUUUUUAAGCAUUAUUACUAAGUCAAUGGAAUUAUUGAAUAAAUACUAUCCUGAAUAUGUCACGAAAUUUUCAUCGGAUACAAACAUGAUAAUAGAUUCACCUAACUAUAAAAUAGUACCUCUUAGAACUUCACAUCUUUAUUCAUUUUCUAAUAUUGAAAUAGUUGAUUUAUCACGAUCCAUCUUUUGGACAAAAUGUAUUCAACAAAUUAGUAAUAUUUAUAACCACACAGAUAAAACAGUUAUUAGAGUCUUAGUGUUAAUAAUAUUUGGAAUCUUUGAAUGUUUAAUAUUUUUCUUAACAUUCCCUAUCUCCUUUCCAAUAUUUUAUAUUUUAAGUUAUUUUAACAUUAUUAAUGAGAUUAUAACUGAUGGGUUUACUGAGAUUUACUAUAGAUAUUAUUACUAUAUAUCAAAGAGAAUUAAUUCAAUAUUUUCUGAUGAAAAACCAAAACCCACAAUUACUUUUAUUGUUCCCUAUAUCAAAUUUGUUAGUUAUCCACAUGAAUAUGAUUGGUGGAAGGAAUUAAUAAAGCCCAAGCCAAGUCCAUUUGUAAAAACAAUCAAUAGAUCAAUAUAUAAGACAUGGAAUGGAGAAGCAUUAAUUAAUUUCAAGUGGAAUUUGUAUGGAAAAUAUUAUUAUUUCGGAAUUUGGAUUUUAUUUACCGCUUUACUUGGAUGUUUUACAGCUGCUACAACACUUACUAGAGAGUUAAUACCUGAUAAUAUCAGAGAACGACUUUUAAUUGCUUCAAUUAUUCUCGGAUUUAUUCACUUCAUUUUUGAAUUUCGUCAGUUCAUAUAUGAUCCUAUUGAAUGGAUUUUGGAUCCUUGGAACUAUUUUGAUUUGGGAGCAUAUUUAAUUCCUACUUGUACAUCUAUUUAUUGGUUAUGUACUGCUUUAGAAUCAUUUGGUGUCUAUUUUGUAAUUAUUAUUAGUGUUGCAAAAAAGAUUUCUUCCUUCUUAAUCGUUUUAAUUAUUAUCAUUGUGAGCUUUGCUCAUGCUUUUUUUAUUCUUUUGAAACCGAGGGACAUUUAUAGUUUAACUGAACAGCCGCCUGCAGAUAAUGACGACCCUAAUAAUCCUUGGAAGUUAGAGGACAAACCUAAUAAUAACACAAAUUUGUUUACUAAUUAUGGAACUUCACUUUUUUCAAUGUAUUUGUAUCUCAUAGGAGAUUUAAAUUCUUUAUCUAAAUGGGAGUAUGGAAAUAAUCCACCACUUGCCGGAUUAAUGGUUUUAUUCUCUUUAUUAAUCGCUAUAUAUCUUAUGAAUUUGUUAAUUGGAUUACUUAGUAAUGCUAUUGAGCAAGAUAAUAAUAGGGCUUCGUAUUUUAUGCAAAAGGCAGAGAUUUUGUCGGACAUUGAGCUAUUUUACUUAUUUCCAAAUCAAAGACGUUGGAAAACCUGGUUUCCUGAUGUGAUAUAUUAUCAUGCUAAUUUUGAUGAGACGCGCAGAAAAGUUCUAGAGCAAAUUAAAAAUGAUGAAUGGAAUAAUGAUGAAUUUCCAGAAAUGAAAAGAAAGUUAUUAAAUAAGCUCAAAAUUCAUAAAAAGUCUAAUAAUUUAUAA